GUAAACAGAUCCUGCCCUUUUCUUUCUCUCAAAGGCUGCCUGCCUUCCCCUGCCUGCCUCCUUACCCCCGCUCAGUUGCUCCGGGAUAUCUCCAGCAUCGUGAGAAAUGGCUCGCCUUGGAUUGAUCGGGGCGUUCUUAUGGGCAAGUGCCAUCCUCACCCUAGUCCAGAGUCAGUCCUUCGACCCGAACCAAGCAGGGCCGCAAAGUUGGGAUCCCUCCAAGGUUGGCACCGAUACGACAACCAAUGCAACGUACCGCAACCCCAUCUUCACCCAGAAUGUUGGAGAUCCCUUCAUGACGAGGUAUUCUGUCGAUGGAGAGGAUUGGUAUCUGUUCACAUAUUCGACCAAUGACAACAUCACGCUGAAGAGGUCGAGGGCAAUGACCGACAACUGGGACAACGCCGACACCCGCGUGGUCUUCAAUCCUGAUCCCGACAGCGGAGAGGCUUGGUCGACGGAUAUCUGGGCGCCCGAGAUACACCAGCUUAAUGGCAGCUGGUACAUCAUCUUCACAGCGACCCAUGACAAGGACAACCCGCCCCCGCUCCAAGACGCGAUGUGCCCAAUCAACUGCCCAGCCAUCAAUCACCGCAUGUUCGUCCUGGCGGGCGACACCGCGGAUCCGUGGGCGGCCAACUUCAGCAUGAAGGGCAUGCUCAACACCUACGACCAAUUCGCCAUCGACGGGACCUACUUCAGCUACGAGGGCCAGCUGUACCAUAUCUACUCAUGCUGGGAGCAGGCAUACUCGGCAUGGCCCGCCAACCUGUGCAUCACCCACAUGUCCAACCCCUGGACCGUCAACUCGAACUUCAGUGACCGGCGUAUUAUCUCCGUGCCCAACGAACCUUGGGAGCGUGUCCCCUACGGCCGCCCAGACACCCGCCUGGCGACCAACGAGGGGCCGCAGCAGCUGACGAACCCCAAGACGGGCCAGAACUUUGUCGUCUACUCGGCAGCGCGGGUCAACACGCCCUUCUACUGCCUCGGCCUUCUGGAGCUGGUGGGGACAGACCCGAUGUCCUACCAGUCGUGGCGCAAGCGCCGGGACGGCUGCGUCUUCCACCAGAACGCGGCCGAGGGCGUCUACGGCACCGGCCACGCCAGCUUCACCACCAGCCCCGACGGCACCGAGCACUACCUCGUCUACCACGCCCAGACGACGGCCAACCCGGCCGCCGACCUAUACCGCACAGUGCGUGCCCAGCGGUUCGGCUGGAAUGACGACCACGGCGGAGAUGGCUCGCCGAUCUUCCCGCCCGCCGAGAACGGGCCGUUCCCCGUGCCGGCGGGUCAGCACGGGUACAGGCCGGUGACGAUGCACUCGCUCCCGCGGUCUGAUUGGGCUUCCUGAGAACGGCGGGGGGGUAACCUUAUCUAUUUUUGCUUGCGUCAGAACUGCGAGUCCUUUUUUUUUUUACUCCUAUUGGUUAUUUGCGUACUUGCAGUCUCCGAUUUUAGUGUCGUUUUCUUCCUCAUCUUCUCGCACAUAAUCUUCCAGGAGUGUACCUCUCGUGUACUCCACUGUCACCACCCCAUUUUUGCCCCUUAAGGUAUUCUUGACGAGGACCAAGAACGACCAUCCAAAUUCAACUAUUCCUGUCAAAUUUGGAUGGACAAGUGACAGAAUCAAUUCCUACGAUUUCGUCAAGGUUGCAAUACGCGAUGAUAUCGAGGGCAUUGUUUUUGCAUCUUACGAGAUCGUCACUCGGAACUACCAGUUGAGCAGCCAUCUCCUCUAAAACUCGAUAGCUCUCUUGUCGAUACAGAAUGGGACAACUUCAUGUCGCGGGGAAGGUACCGG